CUCGGCAGCCCCGAUAGACUGCUCCAACUUGGUGUCUUUCCCCAAAUAUGGAGCCUGUGUGGAGUCACUGGGGGAGCCGGGGGUGGGGAGGGGAGCCGGCUUCCUCCAGCAGGGAGGGGGCCGAGGAGCAAGCCAGCGGGGGAGGCUGACAUCACCACAGCGGCAGCCCUUUAAACCCCUCACCCAGCCAGCGCCCCAUCCUGUCUGUCCAAGCCCAGACACAAGUCUUCACUCCUUCCUGCGAGCCCUGAGGAAGCCCUCUCUCCCCAAACAUGGCCAACAAGGGUCCUUCCUAUGGCAUGAGCCGCGAAGUGCAGUCCAAAAUCGAGAAGAAGUAUGAUGAGGAGCUGGAGGAGCGGCUGGUGGAGUGGAUCAUAGUGCAGUGCGGCCCUGAUGUGGGCCGCCCAGACCGUGGGCGCUUGGGCUUCCAGGUCUGGCUGAAGAAUGGCGUGAUUCUGAGCAAGCUGGUGAACAGCCUGUACCCUGAUGGCUCCAAGCCGGUGAAGGUGCCUGAGAACCCGCCAUCCAUGGUCUUCAAGCAGAUGGAGCAGGUGGCUCAGUUCCUGAAGGCGGCUGAGGACUAUGGGGUCAUCAAGACUGACAUGUUCCAGACUGUUGAUCUCUUUGAAGGCAAAGACAUGGCAGCAGUGCAGAGAACCCUGAUGGCUUUGGGCAGCUUGGCAGUCACCAAGAAUGACGGGCACUACCGUGGAGAUCCCAACUGGUUUAUGAAGAAAGCGCAGGAGCAUAAGAGGGAAUUCACAGAGAGCCAGCUGCAGGAGGGAAAGCAUGUCAUUGGCCUUCAGAUGGGCACCAACAGAGGGGCCUCCCAGGCCGGCAUGACAGGCUACGGACGACCUCGGCAGAUCAUCAGUUAGAGGGGAGAGGGCCAGCCCUGAGCCCUGCCCUCCUCAUCUCCCUGGCUACAGCCAUCCCGCUUAGCCUGCCUCACCCACACCUGUGUGGUACCUUCAGCCCUGGCGAAGCUUUGAGGCUCUGACACUGAGCAACGGUAACUGCACAUGGGCAGCUCCUCCCUGUGUCCCCAGCCUCAGCCCAACUUCUUACCCGAAAGCAUCACUGCCUUGGCCCCUCCCUCCUGGCUGCCCCCACCACCUCUACUGUCUCCUCCCUGGGCUAAGCAGGGGAGAAGCGGGCUGGGGGUAGCCUGGAUGUGGGCUAAGUCCACUGUCCUCCUUGGCGGCAAAAGCCCAUUGAAGAAGAACCAGCCCAGCCUGCCCCCUAUCUUUUCCUGGAAUAUUUUUGGGGUUGGAACUCAAAAAAAAAAAAAAAAAAAAAAAUACAUCAAUCUUUUCUCAG